CAUUCAGGUUGAAACUUCUCUCCUGCAAUUCAAUUAGAGCUGCAUAUAAAAUUAACAGAUACAAUGUCCCAGAGCAAGAUCAGACAAGCUAUUGGAGCAGUGAAAGAUCAGACGAGCAUAAGCCUUGCCAAAGUUGCUAGCAGUACAGCUCUUGCUGAUCUCGAUAUAGCGAUUGUCAAGGCCACCCGACACGAGCAGUAUCCAGCCGAGGAGAGGUACAUACGUGAAAUCCUGAGCUUAACUACUUACUCUCGCUCCCACAUUGCUGCCUGUGUUGGCACCAUUUCACGACGUCUUAACAAGACCAAGAACUGGGUUGUUGCGUUGAAGGCGCUUAUUUUGAUUCAGCGAUUGCUGUCUGACGGUGAUCCAGCUUAUGAGCAAGAGUUUUUCUUUGCUACAAGGCGAGGGACACGCCUUCUUAACAUGUCUGACUUCAGGGACACUACAAAGGCUGAUUCUUGGGAUUACUCUGCAUUUGUACGUACCUAUGCACUGUAUCUUGAUGAACAGCUCGAGUGCAGGAUGCAAGACAAGAGGGGAAAAGGUAACAUGUUCGCCUAUAUUGAAGAGGACGAGGAGGCUAAUCAAGGGGCUACCACAGCCAGAGCAACACCAGUGCAGGAGCUGACAAAUGGGCAAAUAUUUUCGAGAAUUCAUCAUUAUAUGCAACUUCUUGAAAGGUUUUUAGCAUGUCGGCCAACAGGUGCUGCGAGGACUAACAGAAUUGUCAUUGUCGCCCUAUACCCAAUAGUGAAAGAUAGUUUCCAGAUUUAUUAUGACAUAUCAGAGGCUACGGGUGUCUUAAUUGAUAGAUUCAUGGUGCUUGAUAUACCUGAUUCUGUAAAAGUUUAUGAGAUUUUUUGCCGUGUUUCAAAACAGUAUGAUGAGCUUGACAGUUUCUAUGAGUGGACCAAGAGUGUUGGUGUUGUACGAACAUCUGAAUAUCCUGAUGUAGACAAGAUCACACAGCAGAAACUGGAUGCUAUGGAUGAGUUCAUACGUGAGAAAUCAGUGAUGCUAAGAAACAGAAUGGCUAUGAAUGCAGAAGUAGAGCCUGUUGAAGAAAAAGAGGAAGAACCUGAAGAGGAUCUGAAUGCAAUGAAAACGUUACCUCCACCGGAAGGGUUUGUAGAAGAAACAGUGAAAGCAGAGGCGGUGGAAGUAAAAGUGGAAGAACCAGCACAGGAGAUUAAAGUGGAGCCCAAAAGGCAGGAUGUGGGUGAUUUGCUGAACCUGGGUGCAGAUGCCCCAACAAGUGAAGAACAAUCAAAUAGAUUGGCUUUAGCUUUAUUUGACGGUGGUCCUUCAACCGCCACACCAACAGUCGGGACUUCAGCAUGGGAAGCCUUCAAUAAUACAGGGGACUGGGAGACGGCCCUUGUUCAGACUGCAAGCCACUUGGCAAACCAGAAGUCUUCACUUCCAGGGGGGUUUGAUACAUUGAUGCUAGAUGGUAUGUAUCAACAAGGGGCAAUAAAGCAUGCUAUGGCAUCCUCGGGUAUGAUAGCUACUGGAAGUGCCAGCAGCGUUGCAUUAGGAUCAGCCGGGAGGCCAGCAAUGCUAGCAUUACCAGCACCUCCAACAGCAGGGGGUGGAGCUCAGAGUACAUCCGGGGCUGAUCCAUUUGCUGCCUCGCUUGGGGUGCCACCACCUGCUUAUGUGCAGAUGUCAGAAUUGGAGAAGAAACACCAGUUAUUAAUGAAGGAACAAUUGAUGUGGCAGCAAUAUGCAAGAAACGGAAUGCAAGGAGAGGUAAGUCUGGCAAAAUUACAGCAACAGAAUGCAUAUCCAUACAAUAAUGGAGGCUAUGCCUUGUGA